UCAGCGGUUUUCAUUAUUCCAACCACUUGAGUAGACUUUGAGGAUCUUUUCAUGGAACCAUAAACACCUGUUGUUUAAUCAUUAAUGUUAGAUCCUCAACUCCCACUCUUUCUUAUUAUCACAAUUACUGUAAGUGUCCAAUAAGUCUUUGCACCGUAGCCGGCCUUUUCCUGAUGAAUUUAAUGUGGUUCCGAUCCGCCUCUAUCUCUGUUUGCCCACUCUCAUCUGAUCUUUGUAUAAAAAGAAGCUAAGGUUGGUUAGGUGAUUCUAACAAUAAUCCAUCUUCACUUAAUACUAUGCUUAAAAACUAGCUACCCCGCCGCCGGCCGAGUCUUAGAAUUAUAAACUUUGUGUUCUUGAUCGAUCAGCUCAUCGUGAAUAGAAGAGUAUAUAGUUAACAUGAUCGCUUCAUCUCUCUUUGCAUUUUUCUUCUUCAUUGCUUCUUGUUUCUCCGAGAAAGCGCCAUAUACCUCGUUCGCUAAGAAUGCAACGUUUGCUCCGCCGACAGAAUUCUUCGAUUACAUCGUCAUCGGCGGUGGAACCGCGGGGUGUGCGUUAGCUGCGACGCUGUCGGCGGGGGCUAAAGUUUUGCUGUUAGAAAGGGGUGGGUUGCCGUAUGGGAACCCCAACAUAACCAGCAUUAAUGGGUUUGCCAGAACGCUUGCGGACACAUCUCCCGACUCCGCCUCCCAGCUGUUCGUCUCCAGCGACGGCGUUUUCAACCACCGGGCCCGCGUCUUGGGCGGCGGCUCCUGCUUGAACGCCGGGUUCUACACUCGGGCGAGCAAGGCGUACGUUAACAACGCGGGGUGGGAUGAGGCCCUGGUCGAUGAAUCGUAUGAGUGGGUUGAGAGGAAAGUGGCGUUUAAGCCGCCGAUGUUGGCGUGGCAGUCGGCGGUGAGAGACGGGUUGCUAGAAGCGGGGGUGUCACCGUACAAUGGUUUCACGUACGAACAUUUGUACGGGACUAAGGUUGGGGGAACAAUCUUUGAUGAAAACGGAUAUAGACACACGGCCGCCGAUUUGUUGGAGUAUGCUGAUCCCACCAAAAUCACUGUCUACUUGUAUGCAACUGUGCAUAAAAUCUUCUUCCAGAAAGAUGCAGAACCACCCAAAGCUUACGCUGUGUUCUACAAAGACAGCGCCGGGAACCGCCACAUAGCUUACCUAAACGACGGACCCAAGAGUGAGAUCAUCCUGUCGGCGGGAGCACUGGGAAGCCCACAGUUAUUGAUGUUAAGCGGCAUAGGAUCGGCCCAACAUCUAAAAGCACAUAAGAUUCCGGUGGUAAUGAAUCAGGCGAUGGUGGGUCAGGGGAUGUCUGAUAAUCCAAUGAAUGCGGUGUUUAUUCCUUCCCCCCAUCCCGUCGAGGUUUCUCUGAUUCAGGUUGUGGGCAUCACAAAAUUCGACAGCUACAUAGAAGCAGCCAGCGGUUCCCUGGAACUGGCAUGGAUGCAUAGAAUGGUAUCUGAAUUCGAAAGAUUAGCAAAUCAGAGCAGCCGGCAUUUCGUGGGCGGGGGGAACUUGAGCUUCGCAGACUCAGCAGCAGCAAGAAAAAGUAUAAACACAUUCUUGGGUGGAGGGGCGAGUGUGCAGGCGGGGAUAAUCCUAGAAAAAGUUGCAGGCCCAUACUCAACAGGCAAUCUAGAGCUUCGAAGCAAGGAUCCUAGCGAGAACCCGAAGGUGACCUUCAACUACUUCAAAGACCCACGAGAUCUGCAGAGAUGCGUUGAAGGCAUAGAGAUUAUAGCAAAGGUUAUAGAGUCAAAACCUUUCUCCAAGUUCCGGUACCCUCUGGCGCACGCCCGGGCUCUCAUCGAUGCUAUGCUCACGCUCCCCCUCAACCUCAGACCUAAGCAUGUCAGCGCCACCUUUUCCUUGAAGCAGUUUUGCAUCGACACCGUCAUGACCAUAUGGCACUACCAUGGAGGCUGCCAAGUUAAUAGAGUCGUCGACAAAGACUACAAGGUUAUCGGAGUCAAGGCACUGCGUGUCGUUGAUGGCUCCACCUUUAUUAACUCCCCCGGAACCAAUCCUCAAGCUACUGUUAUGAUGCUGGGAAGGUAUGUGGGGCGCAAAAUCUUGGAUGAUAGAGCACCCCUUGGAUAGGAUAGGAAGUAGCUAGCUUGCUUGAAUUGCUAGGUGAAUGGACGGUCAUGAUUCUUAGAUUUUGCAAACUGUAUCACAUCUCUCAGCAUCUAUAUAAAAAAUUAUCCUUGAAUUGGGAGAUCGAUCAA